UUAAGAGAGCUGAGCUGAGGUCGCUGUCAUUGAUUGAUUGGCCAUCGGCUGUGGCGUUUCGAAAGAGCUUUUCACUCAACUCUUGUUAGCCGUAAUGGAUCGUCGGGCAUUACGUAAAUUCGUUUCUUGGUAAAUGAUGCUGACAAGGCAUUUGAUUAACACGAUUAAUUGCUGAUAAAAAUGUCUGACAGUUUGUUUUCUCCCGAUGGAAACUUAUUGCCCACUACUGGAACUGCAGUCGACCACUGUCAUUUGUCCAGGCCCCGCCCGGCGCCACUGGAAGAUUGGAGCUGCCCCAAACCAUCAGCGGCCACCCAUCAGUGACUACUGUACGGUGGACAACCCGUGGCGGCGACCACCCAGGAUCGGAAUCGGGAUCGGGAGUGGAGUGCAGUGGAGUGCAGUGGAGUGGUGGAUAGGAAGAGGGAUUCAAACGGUGGCAGCCAGCAGGCAGCAGCUGUCAACUGUCGCACACGACUUGUCCUUGUCAGUCAAUGGAUUGGCAUCCGCCUGGCAGGGAACUUUGGGGCCAGGACCCGGGGCUUUGAGCAUUUUCUAUAUUAAACUUUCACAUUUUUUGACAUACGGCCAGUGCAAUUGGUAUGCAAAUUGACAUUGGCGGUGGGAAGGGGCAGCAUAUUUGGCAGGCGACUUCUUCUACGAAAGGGAAAAGUCGAGAUUAUGAUCGAGUAAAGGGAAGAGGAUUAAGUUAUAAAGAAUUUAUGUCAUUUUAAACCAUUUAAGGAA